AUGGCUUCAGAGCCCUCAUCCUUGAUCGAAAACCUAAUCAAUUCGAGAAACAGAGACAUCUCCCUCUUCCUGCCCUUCAUCAUCGGCCUAAACGCCGCGGCGGAGGAUCCGCCUGACCGGAUCGUGCUCAUCAACCCCUUCACGCAGGGGAUGGUAGUGAUCGAGAGAAGAAGCAGCGAUAACAACAGCUCGUCAGCUUUCGAGUCUUUGCUUGAUGAAUUGUUCUCUCGCAAGAGCGGUCGGCCGCCGGCGUCGAAAGCCGCUAUUGAUGCUAUGGAGAGCGUGGAAGCUGUAGGCGGCGAAGACAAUCAGUGCGCGAUCUGCUUGGAGGAGUGGGAGAAGGCGAAGCGGAUGCCGUGCAAGCAUAGUUUUCACGGCGAGUGUAUAGAGAAUUGGCUGAAUAUUCACGGCUCCUGCCCCAUCUGUAGAUACGAGAUGCCGGUGGAUGGAGCGGAAGAUGAGAAGAAGAGGAGGGGGAUUUGGGUGAGUUUUGCCGUCGGCGGUGAGAGAAGGAGUGGUGAGAGUGAUGAUGAUGAUUCAAGUUGAGCUUAGGAUGUAGGACUAAAUUUGUUGUUCUUCAAUCUGCUUGAUUUGUGUAUAUAAAUGCAUUAGUUUUUUGUGCUACAUUUUUUUUUUGGUUGAAUUUGUGGAGUGAGAAAUUAAUUCAAAUGUUUGAUUUGGCA